AUGAUGGCAUUUUCCAAUAUUUAUUUCGUUUGGAUAAUUGGUUUGCAUAUGUAUACGAAUAAUAUUAUAGCGCAAGUGAUUAGCAUUCAAAAUAAGACUGAACCCAUUGGUUGUGGUGCUCAUCAGAAUGUCAAUCAUACUAGGUCUUAUUAUCUUGUUUUACCUAACUCAGAAGUUAGAUUUUCAUCAUGUAAUCCCGAUCAGAAAAGCUUCCUUACGUAUUGGGCCGUACUCCAAGAUCUGUGCAAUAAGGGACCGACAACAUCUUUCUUUGCGACUGUCGAUAAAAAUGGAACUCCGAAAUGCUCCAAAAUACCUGAUUUAAUUGUAAACGAGACAUCAUGUGAGAAUGACUACAUUGUUACAAACGAUUCAUUGAUGAUUAAAAAUAUAAGUUACUCGAUGAAAGAAGACUAUAUUUGUUAUUAUGGGGAAAAUAGAGGCAAAGUAAAUCUGACUUUUGCUGUUAGCUACUCUAUUGAAAUAUCAAACAUUUCAUCGUCGACAAUAGCAACUGAAUUAACUACAGAAUCUUUAGGGGAUACUACAGAAGCCACCUCUUCUAACACAAUCAUAUCAACGGAUGCUGCCGCGCCCAGUACUACGAAAAACUCAGGUUCGCCGUCAGACCGCUCAACUUUAAUAAUUGUUCUAUCAGUUGUCUCCAGUGUGUUGUUCGUCGGUAUAUUGGGAGCAGUAGGGUUCUUUUGUUAUCGACGCCGGCGUCAUGGCUGCAAGGAGAGAUCAAAUGACUACUCGUUCGAUCAAGUCGAUUCAAAAACAGAUUCUUCACUAUACGGUCAAUAUGAUGCUGGUCAUUCAACCAAGCUCGAUACUGAUGCUGGCUAUGCUGUAUGGCGACCCGUAAUGCAAAGAGAUAUCUUCUAA